AUGGGCAGAACGAGCCCAGCACAGGCUGCUGUGGUGGAAGCUAUUGCGCGGCGCAAGUUUCCACCCUUACUGAGCUACCCUGAAAUGAUUUCUGGUACACUACUGUCUGAAUGGCUGCCGUUGUGUGCCCAAGGUAAAGCAGUACAAACAACGUGUCGUCGAGGACGUGGAACACCGAACGGUACUGUAUUACGCGCGCUACCAAUGCACUGGCGGGGCGAAGAAGUCUUUUUCUACCAUCAGUGA